GCACACACUCUUAAAAUUUCGAUUGGUAAACUUUUCUAGUAGUCCUAAAAGAUUCCCUUGAAAUCGCUCUCAAGCGUCACAGUGAAAUUUUCAGUAUGUCCAAGAGGGUGAGCAUCAUGCUGCCCGAGGAAAUGCCGGCGACUCCCUCAGGCAGCAGCAAGAACCCGAUGAUGACCAACCGCACGGUCAGGAGUUCCAUCAAAAACAGCUCUAGUAAGCGCACGGAACUCGUACCGCCCGUUUUUGUGGUCGUCAGUCCGCAGACCAGUCAAAGUUCGAUGACUUCCGGAAUGCGGGAGAGUACCAGCACAAAUAGCCGUAGUUCUCUCAGUCAAUCGUUUAAGGAGAACUUGGAGGAGGGUUCACCCGAAGAAACCAGCCCCUUGGCCCAAAGUGGUUCAAACAACUCCCAGGAAUCGACCACCGCUUCGAUCAGGCAGUUCCUCCGCAGCACAGUCGCUCUGGUUCGCGCCGGCGAAUCCUUCACCUCCGUGAAGCGCCUUUUCCAAAAGUUUAUCAAAAAUAGCGCCUCUAUCUCGCAAUCCAAGCCCUCGGAGGUAUCCCCAGAUUCCUCCGCCUCCCAGGUGGCAAGUGGGGAGAAUCCCUAUCUCAGCAAGUCCAACGAUACGCUGAUCACCGAUUCUCCGGCCCAGUUUACCGUUCCCAGCACCUCGCAGAUGACGCCCACCGCUCUCCGCUCCAAUCAGUCGCUCAAUAACGCCAACUACGACCUCACCAGCCUGCUCUCGGACAUUACACCCCUCACGGGCUACUCAACCAGGACGGAGGCGGGAUAUCGAACCGAUACUUCCGAGCCACCCUCUGGAAUCCCACCAUCCCGCAGUCGCUCCAAGUCGAGGAGUCGCACUGCUCUUAAAUUCAAGGCAUCUUCUGGUCCGAUUUCAAGAACCCGCUCUUCUAGUAGAUCAUCUCCCCGCAAGAAACUGAGUUCACCCAGAAGAUCACCCCGGCUGUCACCCCGGAACAUUAAGAAUGCACCCUUGGAACCUGCAUUUGCCUUGGUCAGCUCCUCCUCUGCUCGGAACUCCGAGGGAUCGCGGUUAUCGAGAAGCAGCCAGGGGUCAUCAUCCAAAGUGACGGCCAGGAACUUGACCCAGUCAAAGAAGAGCUCACCACGCCCCAGUACCUCCAGAAGUUCCCGUCGUGGCUCAAGAUCCCGCUCAAGAUCCCAAAGCAGCGCGAAGAGCGAGCUGCCACCCGAUCCCUUCGCUCUGCUCAGUCCCGAGGAGGCGGAGCCAAAUAGCCAGCCAGGUGGGAGCAAUGUCGAGGAUGGUUCCACCAGCUGUAGGACUUACGAGGAGGAGUGCAAGUGUCACCACUGCCAGGAUAUGCGGAGGGCUGUGAAGAGGGUGGAGUUCUUCCAGUCGCCCGAGGGGCAGAAACGACUGGAGGCCAAGCUGCUGGCCAAGAACUUCUUCAUGGAUCUCUGCGCCCUCUCAGCAGUGCGUGGCCAGAUUAAAGCCGAUCUGCACGGGAAACGCCGGCAUCCCUCGGCGCGCCUGAGUUACCCGGUGAGCAUCUGCGGGGCCACGCGACUGGACGGGGGAUCCCUAUCCCUCAAGUGGUUCACCCACGACCUGGACAGCGUGGACCACUUCGAGAUCUUCGUGGACAACAAGCCCAGUAGGAGUGUGUACAACCGGCAGGCCACUUCCACCGUCCUCGUGGAUGUGGAUGCUACUAGCACACACAAGUUGCGGUUGAAAGCGGUGCCGCAGCGAGGAAGCGCUGGCCGGGAUUCCUCGGUGGACCGGUUCAUGUCCGAGGUGGCAGCCGGUCACAUGCGGCAUGUGAGGCAGGGCGAGCUCUUUGCCAGAUGCCUUGAGCACUUGGACUCCCUGCCGCAACAGCGAACCCUGGUGGACUUCUGGAGGGACAGCGAGUUCCUCUACCUGCCCACUCAGACCCGCUGCUGACUGGGCAAAAUAAACUGAUUUAUGUUUAUAAGCGGCAGCACAGCUGUGUGGGCAGUAAUUGAUUACGUUAAUUUCGGCAUGCUGCUGACUAAUCGGCGGACAAGGCACUUAAUGCAGAAUCAACCUACA